UAACCCUAAGCGCCGGCGCCUCCACUUCCCUGCUCGCUCUCCCUCGUCUACUCGCGCGCCGCCGCCGCCAUUCGCGCCGCCGAACGCUAGGGAAGAUGUUCACCGCCAGGAGGAAGAUCCAGAAGGCCAAGGGCGUCGACCCCACCGAGUUCGAGGACACCGUCGCGCAGGCUUUCUUCGAUCUGGAGAAUGGCAACCAGGAGCUCAAGAGCGACCUCAAGGACCUCUACAUCAACACCGCCAUCCAGCUGGAUGUCGUUGGGAACAGGAAGGCCGUUGUGAUCCACGUGCCCUACCGCCUGCGCAAGGCCUUCAGGAAGAUCCACGUCAGGCUCGUCAGGGAGCUCGAGAAGAAGUUCAGCGGCAAGGAUGUUGUUGUCGUUGCAACAAGGAAGAUCGUGAGGCCACCCAAGAAGGGUUCGGCUGUUCAGCGCCCUCGCACAAGAACUCUGACAUCUGUCCAUGAUGGAAUCUUGGAGGAUGUUGCGUACCCAGCUGAGAUCGUGGGAAAGAGAAUCAGAUACCGUUUGGAUGGUGCCAAGGUCAUCAAGAUCUACUUGGACCCAAAGGAGCGCAACAACACAGAAUACAAGCUGGAGACCUUCUCAGCAGUCUACCGCAGGCUCUGCGGGAAGGAGGUUGUCUUUGAGUACCCAGUGACCGAAACCGCCUAAAGAUGCAUGCCUCGGAUAUCUCCAGUUUAAUACCUUUGGAAUCCAGAUGUAUUGUUUGAGGUCUCAGUCGCCUGCUGAUUAGGGAGUUUGCUGGAGAUGUCAAUGAACGUGAACAAUGUUAAAGUUAUAGACCUUUGCUCGGUUA